AUGGAGACUCUCCUCCGCCAGUCGCGGGCCAUGUGUCCGUUCCUGAACAAGACGUCGCCCGCCACCCUGCGCUCCAUGUCCACCAGCACCACCAUGCAGCACGCUGCUCCCGGUGGCGGUGCCAUGAGCAACCUCCAGAUCAUCGCCCGCCGCUGCCCCGUCAUGGGAAAGGCUUUGUCCGUCCAGAGCGCCCGCAAUGGCAACUCCGCCCUCGCCGGUGCUUUUGGUGGCUGCCGCGCCUACCACGCCAAAGUCCCACGAGCCAACUUGCACACAACCCGACCCAACGAGGCCCAAGCUGUCGAUGUCCACCAGAUUCGCCGCGACCAUCCUCCCUAUAGCCCACCGAAUGCGAGAUCUGCUGCGACUCCCACGCCGAACAGAGAAACCCUCUCCACCCCGCCACCCCCACCGCAGGCUGCUCGGUUUGAUUACGAGGGGUUCUACCAGAAUGAGUUGGACAAGAAGCACAAGGACAAAUCUUACCGCUACUUCAACAACAUCAACCGUUUGGCGCAGGAGUUCCCCAAGGCACACAUGGCGACCAAGGAAGAGCGUGUGGAUGUUUGGUGCUCGAAUGACUACCUUGGAAUGGGUCGCAACCCACAGGUUUUGAAAAAGAUGCACGAGACGUUGGAUAUGUACGGUUCUGGCGCUGGUGGCACACGUAACAUUUCUGGACACAAUCAGCACGCCAUGGCAUUGGAAGGCACUCUGGCCCAACUCCACGCCAAGGAGUCUGCCCUUGUCUUCUCCUCAUGCUACGUUGCCAACGAUGCUACACUGGCGACUCUUGGAAGCAAGUUUCCCAACUGUGUGAUUCUGAGCGACAGCAUGAACCAUGCAUCCAUGAUUCAGGGCAUCCGCCAUUCCGGAGCGAAGAAGCUGGUGUUCAAGCACAACGAUACAGCCGACUUGGAGAGCAAGCUGGCUUCGCUUCCCGCAGAUGUGCCCAAGAUAAUUGCUUUUGAGAGCGUGUACAGCAUGUGCGGCAGCAUUGGACCGAUUGAAGAGAUUUGCGAUUUGGCCGAGAAGUAUGGAGCGAUCACUUUCCUCGAUGAAGUCCAUGCUGUUGGAAUGUACGGGCCAAACGGCGCUGGAGUUGCUGAGCAUCUCGACUACGACGUAUACGCGAGCGGCACGAACACCAAGGGCACCGUCCAGGACCGUGUUGACAUCAUCACUGGCACUCUGGGCAAGGCUUACGGAUGCGUUGGUGGAUACAUUGCGGGCUCCGCAAAGAUGGUGGAUACUGUCCGAUCAUUGGCUCCAGGUUUCAUCUUCACAACUUCCCUCCCACCAGCGACCAUGGCAGGUGCCAAGACUGCCAUUGAGUACCAGAUGGCUUACCAGGGCGACCGCCGUCUGCAACAGCUCCACACUCGGGCAGUCAAGUCUGCACUUGAGGAGCGCGAUAUUCCGGUCAUGCCAAACCCUUCGCACAUCAUUCCAGUUCUCGUUGGCAAUGCCGAGCUUGCCAAGAAGGCAUCUGAUCUCCUUCUCGAGAAGCAUCAAAUCUACGUCCAGGCCAUCAACUAUCCCACCGUUCCAGUCGGCCAGGAGCGUCUCCGCAUUACCCCAACCCCAGGCCACGUCAAGGAGUUCCGCGAGCAUCUCGUAGGCGCACUCGUGAGUGUCUGGGAUGAGCUUAGUCUCAAGCGCACCUCUGAGUGGGCUGCCGAGGGUGGCUUUAUUGGUGUUGGAGAGAAGAACGCGCCUGCUGUCGAGCCUAUGUGGACUGAUGAGCAGCUCGGCCUCAAGGACAUCGCCCGUGAGAUGAAGCAGGAGGGUGCCCACGGUGUCCUUGAGCGUGUUCUCGAUUUCGAGAGACGCCAAGCUCAGGCCGUCGCCGCGGCUGCUUAG